AGGUCCCUUUCUUGAACAAAGGAACGGUCACUCAUUUUUAUAGCUCCAACGCAGGAACCAGCAACUUUAGCAUUGCAUGUCGGGCGGGGAAGUGUUGCAUUUGACAGCCAUCUGGAUUGAUGACACUAUCUUUUCAUCAUGGUAGUGAAUCUAUCAAUCAGCUUAUUGAACAACCCCAGUGCAGUUUUUUCCCCUGGACAAACCGUACAGGCAUGUGUCAAAUUCCACUCUACAAUACCAAAUCGUGUAAAAGGAGUGUAUGCUAAGUUCAAAGGUGAAUCUCACACAAGUUGGUCAACUGGAUCUGGGGACAAUAAACAAAGUCAUAGCCAGACUGAACAAUACUUCAAAACAGAGAUACCACUAUUCCAAGCUGCUGAGGGUGCUGAUGGCAAUUAUGUGGAAAUGGAUCCUGGAAAUUAUGACUUCCCUGUCAAUUUUGUAUUACCUCCGCUUUUGCCCUCCUCUUUUGAGGGUGGCACUGGCUACGUUAGAUACCUGAUCAAAGCCAAGGUGAAGAUAAAGGGUGGAACUGUUUACAGGGUUCAGCAUCCUUUCACGGUCAUCUACAUGCUCGAUCUGAACACCAUACCAGAGGCUAGGAUGCCAACCCAGAUGCAGGACACUAAAACUGGAUGUUGUUGGUGCUGUGAAACAGGCCCUGUAACAUGCAUGAUACGUUUAGACAAACAGGGCUAUGUUCCCGGGGAGAGCAUAUUUAUCAACGCAGAAGUCACCAAUAAUGGAACUUCAUCAAUACGAAAUACCAAUAUUAGUCUGCGUAUGACCACAGAGUUCAGGGCACAUGGAAGUACAACAAAGCAUCAUAAAGUAAUAUCAACGAUUUCCCAUCCAGCCGUUGGUCCAGGGCACUCUGAUGUUUGGAGUGGUGAACAACUUGCUGUUCUACCAACCCCACCAUCCUAUUUGUAUGGAUGUUCGAUCAUUGACAUACAGUACACAUGUCAGCUUGCUGCUGAUAUGGAAGGGUCUUUAAUGGACAUUAAUUUUGAUUUGCCGAUCAUAAUUGGAACUAUCCCAUUGCGUCCUGAGGGAUUGUUCCAAUCUCCUGCCCCAUUUCAGCCAGGACAGCCUUUAGAAACAACCUGGGGUAGUAACCCUGACCAACAGCCUGGCAAUAUACCAAUGAAUAACAUGGCCUCCGCUCAACCAAUCACUUCACAGCCCCCAUACCCUGCUGAUGCCCCGCCAAGCUAUGAGGAAUGUAUGACAACAGACCGAGUCAGGAUUAUGCGUCAAAACAGCAACAGCGCAGACACAGAAGAUCAUUUUACCAAUUUCACACCCUCCUACCCUUAUUACAAGCAGAAAUCAUAAUUCUUCAUAGCAUUGGAAACAAGGGCCACAAUUCCUUUUGAUAUUGAAAAUAGAGAACUCUUCAAUGUAGAAGGAAUGAAAAGUUAUGAUGAUAUUAAAGGCAUUGUUGCUCAUCAACUAUGGUGACUUUGGUAGUAGUACUUCAAAAAGAUCAAUCUCUCCAAAGCAAUUUGUAAUGUGCUCUUGUAGUGAAACCAGAAGCUGUGAUGUGCAUGUCUUGACAGCCAUAGCGCAACUAACUUCCUGUGUCUGUGUCAUAAGAUGGAAGCACAGCAAUGAUUGGUUGGUGUUUAGUGGCAUUUGUGAAAGCAUUAGAUGGAACUGUCAGUGUAUAGUAAAUGUCAAAUGAUCAAAUUUAUCAUCACUGACCAUGAUUAGUUUUGCUUUGUGUGUAUAUAUUAUAUCGAUUUCUGUGGCCUGUACUGUCAAAGUUUGCUUCCCAGUCGGAGAUACACUUUAUUCUUUGCUAUUUCAGGAGAAUCACCAACAAAAUAACUUCUUUACUUCCUAUAAUUAGCCCUCCUACCUUUAUCAUUUUGUGAAGGGUCAUGUACUUAUUGAUGUAGUAAUACAUAUAUUUUGCUUACUGUAUUGUCGAUUUUAUGUACUUUCAGCUGAUGAACACAUUGAGGAUAUAUUAAUCUAUUAAGGACUCGCACAACUGGAUCAAUCAUUUUAUGUUAUUACUUAGCAUUUAAGCUAAUAGCAUUGAUAUUUGAAGUUCAAUACAUGUAACAACUGUCUAGAUUUAUAGAAACAUACUGGUUAAAGGCUACAAAUGGCAUAAUUUGGUAAGUUAAAUGGCAUCUCAGACUAUCAUUGCUUCAGAAGUCAACAACCAGAAGUUUACAAGUGAAAUAACCACCCACUUAAGGAAAAACCAUGACAUUUUGCACCUGUCUAAGACUGCCCCACAGAUACUGAUAUGUAUAAAAACUGCACAUUUUUAUAAAGCCAAACACAUGAAGAUAUCUGUCACCAUUUAUAAAUUAAGAAAUCCCAGUAAACACAAUCUGUUACCAACUCUGAUUUUAGGUGGGGGCUCUAUGUAGGUAGACGAAACUGAAUCCGAAUCAGUCAUUGGCUGAUUUAGUUGUAAGAGUCCUUAAGUCUUCAGAAAUGAUAAAUAUAUUAGCCAAGUUCGGCUUACAUUUUGGUAUCUUUCUUGAUUGCACGGCAAAUUUGAAGAUACAGUACCAAAUUAUUAGCAACACCAAUGAAAUUUACUUAUGUCUUCAUACUGAAAACACCAUUAAAUAGACUUUUGCUUACAUUUUACUUUUUGUAAUUUUGUAUCUGGAAUUUUGAUUGGUCAGUUUUGCAAGAUGAUAGCUGUUUCUCAAAAGUGUCCGUUUGAUAUUUCGCUGUAUAUCACCAGUGAAGAUAUAAUAAAUUGUUGUAACAUUUUAUUGAUCAUCAUCUUUUACCUAGUUGUCUAUUGUUGUAUGGGUUGUUGGUCAUUGUAAUGGGUUGUCUGUCAAUAUUUGAAGUAAUUAACUCCUCCACAAACUGAAGAUAAUAUGCCAUCAAAAUGUUUAAGGUAACGUGUCAGCCCAAAGUUGAUACAAUUAGAAAUGCUUUCCUGAAGACUAUAUGUAGAUAAACAAAAGUUUUAUUAUCAAUUUUUCAAAAUGAUUAUAAUCUUUAAGUAUAUUGUUGUAUUCUUAGCCCAUGAGGAAAAACUGCUAUACCAUUAAGUGACUUAGCAUUACUGACAAAUCUCUCCUUACUAGCACCUUGCAUUUUUCAGGAUAAAACAUAAAACUUCAAAAAUCCAAUUUACAAUAACAGGCAUUUUGAGGACAUCUUUUAACAUAGUUAUAACUGCAGAUUAUGUGUACCAUGUUUAGAUCUGUCAAGAUGAUAUGAGGUUUGCAAGAUUUAUUUCAAAAUAGCUAAAAAACUUAUUUCCUUUUAAAAAAAACAUAUGAAUUAAGAAGGUGGUAUAAAAAACCACUUUAAUUUUAUUUUCAAUUUUAUCCAAGAUAUAUUCUUAUGAUUAAAUUGUCUCAGGUAUUAAAUAUAUUGUUUUGAAAAAGAAUUAUCCCGGUAUUCAAAGUUGAAGCUUAAGAUAUCAAGAUAAAUUGUGGAUACAUGGAAAAUUAAUGCUAAUAACUGUAUCUGUAUUUUAUCAACUGUUUGACAAUCAGUUGUUGUGCCUUUGUACGUAAGUGCAGAUAGAUAUCUUUUUUUCUCCAAAUCAAAUAUUUUUGCUUUUUUAAUACUUCAUUGCUAGGAAACCCGGUGUGAUUUUGAUUACUACCAUGCUUCAAUAUGAUUUUACACUGUAACCGUCAAAAUAGUAUCUGUGAUAGAAAUGUUAUUGGAAUGUAUUCAGAUGGGCAAUUUAGAUCUGUCAGUUCUUUCCAAUAAAUCAAUUUUUUUACCCAUUUAGGGAUAAUGCUUAUGAUUCCCUGUUUACAAGAAGAGCCGCACAUAGUCUGGGCCAGUCAAUUAUAUGUACUGUAUUUUAUUCCAAUAAUAAGCCCAAACCAGCAAUAAUUCUAAUAAUAUUUAUCACUAUUCCAUACAAUGAAUAACUGGUGCCAUUUCAUCAUCCUGUAAUAAGUCUGCUCCCUGACUGGGAGUUACUAGCAAUAUGUCCGUCAUUUAGACUUAAUGCAGAAUAGAUAGGUAUGCAUAUUUUUGUAAAAGGAUUUAAAAGUUUUGAUGAUCUGGAAAAGACAAUUUAGAGAGAUUUAGAAACACAAGAAAAAAGUGAAGCCAUUUUUGGAGUCAAUUAAACUAUUAUUUAGGAUUUUUUUAAGCUUAAAUUGUCAGAAUCUUCGGAGCUGUUCAGGUAAUUUGUACAGUUAGAAUAUGGUAGUGAAAUAUUCUUUUUAUGUGUACCAUGGUAUUUUAUUUGUUAAUCACUGAUGCAUUCAUGAUGUAUUAUGAUAUAUUAACCUAGAAUAUACACUUUAAUUUACACUUUCCAUAGUAUGCCGUGGGAAACAAAACUGCAUACUGUAAACAAGCUUUCUUUUGUGACUUUUUACUUGCGCAAUACCAAACCAGAAUGAACUGAAACACUUUUGUCAUUUUUCAUCAUUCCUAUCAUUGGUAAAAAGAAUCGACUUUUAAGGAAUUGUUUCGAUAUUGAAAUUCAAGAAAUUCAAUUACAGGAGAAGAAAGUUUGUUUACGGUAUAAAUAUGUAUAUAUGUUUUACACUGUACUGUUGUUAUUCAUGGUCUACUUUGUGCAAUAUUUUGUUUUUUGGGGUGUUAAAAGAAUUUUUUACAUCUUUACAUAUGUUUAUCAAUCUCAUUGGUUGAAUAUUUAAGUUCUUUAACAUAUGUUAUUGUGUGUUUGUUCAUUUUAUACUCUCAUUCAUAUUCUGUAUUUAACUGACAUGAGAUUUGUUUUUUGAAACAUGAUAAAACUGCUGUAGAAGAUCAAUAUUUUUCAAUUUUUAUUUUUACUACAGAUAUAGAAAAAAGAGGUUUAAGAAACUAAACCCAGUGAAGGAUGUAGCUGUUUUGUUGUUCACUGAGCCGUGACAUCAUUGAGAUCCCUUCUCCAUCACAGCUGUUAUCAAAUCUUAUCUACCUAUGCCCCAUAUUACAGUAAAUGGGGAUUUUGCACUGACUGGUCUGACCAGAACCAUUUUGUUGGCCAAGGAGAAGUGAAUCUCUUUUUCAUUUUUAACAAAACUAAUACUGAUGAAUUAAAGUGAUGUCACUAACUUUACAGGAGUCAGAAGAUUACUUGGUUUUUCAUUGCCAUUUCUUUGAAUAUUGUUGUCUUCAUAUUUCAAGCUGAAUGUGGUAUUCAGCUUUAAAUAGCUUAAACAUGCAUGUUUUUUUAAAUGAAUUUCAAAAGUAAAAAGUCUUUUGUCACAGAAAUUAGCACAAUCGAUUUGAAAAUUCUUAAGCUUUUGACUACUGUUUAUUUGGAGAAAAUUGGUUAUGUACUUACUGAGAAAAAUGGUUUAAAAACACAGCAAGGCUAUUUAACUCGACUUUCUUCAAUAUAGCAUUGCAAAGAGGUAUAGGUAGUUUCCUCUAUAUCAUAAAUCCCUGAUCUAGUUUAUUUUUCAUCUGUUGUAUAUUUCUGAUUUUUUUCUCAUAAUACUAUAUCCCUCAGGCAAUAAUUUACCAAUUAACUGUUAAGGUAGAGAGCCCCAUGCAGUUUGGUUCUGUACACAUCCUUUGUAAAGUUUUAAUUUGCACAUGUUUUAUCUUAAGUAUUAAAAUCAAUAUAAAAGGCCAAUUAGUUGCACUUAAAUUUCAUGUACAAAAAUUACUAUUUGUCAAAAUGCAAAUUGUAACUGACAUCUAAAUUGUAAAAUUCCAUAAAAGUUGUAGCUUGUGAAAUGAAGUUUAGAAAUUUGACAGAUUUUCAUGUUUCUUAUAGUUUUCUAUGUCCUAGACUGAUACCUCAUGAUUCCCUCUGGCUGCUAGUAUUAAUCCUCCACACCCAUUGGUAAUUCUCUACCAUAGAAGGAUUAUAUACUUUAUUUGUUCCUAAGAGAGUACAUCAUUCACCCUUGCUUGGUAUAAGGUUCUUUGUGAUAUCUCAGAAUUCAUGUCGAUGAUGUAUGAUACUGUUUGUAGAGUGAGUAGCUCUGUAAUAUACCCCCAUGAUAUAUAGGAUGCUUACUUGGGUAUUAAUCAUGUGGUCCGCUUGUUUACAUAUAUAUGUAUAAUGUAUAAAAACUAGAAAUAAACAUGGAA